AUGGCUAUACAACAUGAGGUCCCUGUUGAAGAGAAAGAAGAAGAGAGGGGCCCUUCUUUGGAUCAGUUUACUCUAUAUCCUCUCUACAAAGGCAUGCUACUAAACAUAUCUAAGCAGAAAGCUCAGAAUCAAGCCAAGAAGGACCUAGAAGAGAUUGGGACAGCUAUGAUUCCAACAAAGCUAGAAGACCCUAGUUCAUUCAAUCUGCCAUGUUCUCUCAGCUAUAUGCACUUUAACAAGUGUUUAUGUGAUCUUGGAGCUUCUGUAAGUGUGAUGCCUUAUUCAGUAGCAGAGAAGCUUGGAUCUGAAGAAUUCAAGCCCAGCAACCUCUACAUAAGCUUAGCAGAUGGAUCAAGCAAAGAUGUGAUAGGCAAACUUGAAGAAUUUCCUUUCAAGAUAGGCAAAGCUAGGAUUCCAACAGACUUUGUUAUCAUAGAGAUGGAUAAGGAGCUAGAGGAUCCCAUAAUACUUGGAAGGCCAUUCUUAGCUACUGCUGGAGCAAUCAUAGAUGUCAAGAAGGGUUUGAUCAGCCUCAACAUUGCCCAGGGGUUGAAAAUGAAGUUUGAUAUCAAAAACUCAGCCAAUCAGCCUACUAUUGAAGAGGACUCCAAGGCUAAAGAUUCUGCUCAAGAAGAAUCUAUUCAAGAACUUAAAGAUUCAGUGCAAGAGUUGACUGAUCUAGUGAAGGAUCUUCAAGUACAACUCAACAAAAGGUCUUUAAAGAAAGCAAGGCCAAGAUACAAGCUCAAGAAGAAACAAAGUUCAAGUGUUAAGACUAAAGUGAUCAAGAACAAGCUUCAUGGUGAUCAAGUUGAACCAGGGGGAUCUCAUCACCUCUCUGGUCUCCAAACAAAGCGUGAAAAGGCACGAAAAGUUAAACUUAGAGACUAUAAACAAGCUCACUAG